AAAGAGGCCAUGAUGAAAAUAGUGACGAAACACAAAUACAUCAUUCUAGCCAUCAACCAGGAGGCCUUAAGGGAACACGAUCUGUGAGCACGGGUAAAUUAACUGUGAUGGCAUGUCACAACCGUCCGGAUUCUAAACAGAUGCAUUAUAAAGGAACUCAAAAAGCAUGGAGCGAUGCAAAAUCCACUGACUUAAAAGACUGGAAAUUUGGACCACAUUACAUGACUGAUUUUAAUGAAAUUAUGUGUUGGUUUUUUGAAAUGCUGCACGAAGAUUUUGCAGAAAAGUUAGAAAAGUUUAAUUUUAAACCAGCAGAUGAGUCAGAAUUAGAAAAACAUG